AUGGCCCCCAAGAUUUUCCUGACUGGAGCAACCGGAUACAUUGGAGGCGAUUCUCUGUAUCUGAUCGCGCAGAAACACCCGGACUGGGAGGUUACUGCGUUGGUGCGUAGCGAAGCAAAGGCCGCGCAGGUGAAGAGCCAGUACCCUGGAAUCCGUACGGUGGUGGGCGAUCUCGACUCGGCUGCUUUGAUCGAGGAGGAGGUGAGAAAUGCCGAUAUUGUCUAUCACUUCGCCAACUGCGACCAUGUUGCUUCCGCAAAGGCCAUCGCCAAGGGAGCCAGCCAUCAUACGCCCGAGAGACCGCUGUGGUGGAUUCACACGUCGGGCACGGGGAUCCUGACGCUGGAAGACCAGCGAGCCAAGACGCACGGGAUCGAGCGCCCCAAAUCCUACGACGACUGGGAUCACAUCGACGAGGUGACCAACUUGCCCGACGACGCCUUCCACCGCGACGUGGACAAGAUCGUGCUGGAGGCGGGCUACAGCGCCCCGGCCAGCGUCAAGACCGCCAUCGUCUGCCCGUGCACCAUCUACGGGCCCGGCCGCGGGCCCGGCAACCCCAAGAGCUACCAGGCCUACAAGCUGUCCGAGGCGGUGCUGCAGCGCAAGAAGGGCCUGCUUGUCGGCGAGGGCAAGAACGUCUGGCACGAGAUCCACGUCCACGACCUCAGCGACCUCUACAUCACCCUGGGCGAGGCCGCCGCCGAGGGAGGCGGCAAGGCCACCUGGAACGACAAGGGGUACUACUUCGCCGAGAACGGGCAGUUCUGCUGGGGCGACGUCGAGCGGGCCAUCGCUCGCAUCGCCUACGAGAAGAAGCUGAUCCCCUCGCCGGACGUCGAACCCCUCUCCGAUGACCAGGUCGCCGCCAUCAACCCCUUCGGCCUGUAUUCUUGGGGCACCAACUCCCGCGGCCACGCCAUCCGCGCCCGUAACCUGUUCGGCUGGUCGCCCUCGCGGCCCAGCUUGUCCGCUCUCCUGCCCUCCAUUGUCGAGAUCGAGGCCAAGGAUCUGGGUUUGCUGUGAGAUAGUACUAGUAGUGACUAAAUGCUAGCAACUUAUGUACUCUAAUACAGUCAGUCACAACAGAAACAACAAGCAAAACAAGGGCAUGGGAAACCACCUCUAGAGCCUCAAUA